AUGACACAGUCUAGACCAGCUACCGAGGUGGAGAAAGGGCUUCAUGAGCCGCAAAUCCAGCAUCAUGACCGCGUUGAGAGUCUCUGGGCUCGGCUGGAGCCCAGCGCCAGCGGAGAGCUGGACCUCAAGGGCCUGAAGAAGGGCUUUAAAAAGAUAGAUCACCCACUGAAGAAUGCGGAUGCGAUGCUGAAAAAGAUCAUGAACGAGGUGGAUACCAACGGCGACGGAAAGAUUCAAUAUGAAGAAUUCCGAGAUUUUGUGCGGCAAGCGGAGCGCCAACUCUACGACCUGUUCAAAUCCAUCGAUCGCGACGGCAACGGGAAGCUGGAUAAGUCAGAGCUCCAAACGGCAUUCAAGGCUGCGGGGUUGACGGUGUCGAACCGAAGACUCAAUGAUUUUUUCAGCGACAUGGACCUGAACAAUGAUGGAUAUGUUAGCUUUGACGAAUGGCGGAAUUUCCUGCUCUUCAUGCCGGGGAACCAGGAUGCGUCUCAUCUCCAUGCCGUCCUGUCCUUCUAUUACUCGGUGGUUAAUGUCACGCCUGAGGGAGACUCCCUCGUGAGUGGGGAAACAUUGGAAGGCUUAGGUAGGGCCGGUUCUUCUAGCUCUUUUCUUAAUAUCCUCUUCGGCUCUCUUCUAAGAGUGGCCUUUCCUUCGUCCUAUCCGAGGACGCCCCCAGAGCUUCCAUCACCUCCUCCACCGCCUCCUCCGCAAGCCGCUGGGAUAGCGGACCCAGAGCUCCAAGUGCGGCUACAACAUGCAAGAGGAAAUUUUGUUGACGCGACGGCGCAUGCGUCUGCUAUCGAGAUUUCAGAAGUCGAGCAGGACCCGUCAGGGGCAGAUGGUGCCAUUACACAGACCGACGGCGAUGGCAUCUCAGUCGACCACCGUGAAGAGUCCUCUACCGGAGCUUUACCGACAAAAAAGAAGAAGUUUAGACUGACAGACUUUGCUCCCCAUCCAGGUUACUUCCUUGCGGGUGCCAUCGCCGGUGGAGUGUCGCGGACGGCCACUGCUCCGCUCGACCGAUUGAAGGUGUAUCUGCUUGUCAAUACCAACAGCGGUGCCGAGACGGCCAUAGGGGCUCUGAAGCAGGGCCGCGUCAUUGAUGCCCUGAGAAACGCAGCCAGGCCUUUCAGCGAUGCUAUGAAAGACCUGUAUCGAUCGGGCGGAAUCCGCAGCUUUUUUGCCGGCAACGGAUUAAAUGUGAUAAAGAUCAUGCCGGAGACAGCCAUCAAGUUCGGAUCAUACGAAGCGGCUAAGCGAGUGCUGGCAAAUUUCGAGGGCCAUGGAGAUGCCAGAAAUAUCAACUCGUAUUCAAAAUUUGUUGCUGGCGGCCUGGCUGGAAUGAUUGCCCAGUUCUGCGUCUAUCCCCUAGAUACCCUCAAAUUCCGACUUCAGUGCGAAACUGUCAAAGAUGGCCUGACGGGAAGCGCCCUCGUUCGACAGACGGCCAAGAAAAUGUAUGCAGAUGGCGGUCUGCGAGCCUGCUAUCGAGGUGUGGCUAUGGGGUUGAUCGGCAUGUUCCCAUAUAGUGCCAUCGACAUGGGAACAUUUGAAUUUCUCAAGAAGACUUACCGCAUCCGCUAUGCCAAAUAUGCGGGAUGCCACGAAGAUGAUGCUGAACCCGGUAAUAUCGCCACGGGAAUUAUCGGCGCAACAUCCGGAGCCUUUGGCGCGUCGGUUGUCUACCCACUCAACGUGGUUCGAACACGAUUACAAACGCAAGGCACAGUGAUGCAUCCUCAAACAUAUACAGGAAUUUGGGACGUUACGCAAAAGACGAUCCAGCAUGAAGGAUUCCGCGGACUCUACAAGGGCCUGACGCCGAACCUUCUUAAAGUUGCCCCAGCGUUGAGUAUAACGUGGGUGGUGUACGAAAACGCAAAACGCAUUCUCGCACUGCACUGA